ACAUCGAUCAAUAUUAUUAAGCUUCUGUUAAAGUGAUUUUGUAUAGCGUUUUCAUCGUAAUUUUUAAUAAUCAUAGUAUAUAAUAUUAUUAGUAAUCAUGCCAAAUCCGAGACUUAUGAGCCUGGUCCAAGAAACCUGGCGCUGCGAAAUAGAUUACGAUACUAAGAAUGGUCAGAAUUAUACUACUUUGAACCAAGAAAUGAUUUUGCGGAAGAUAUCCAUGAAUGAUUUUGAUACAGAAAACAAAAAUAAGGUUUUUUGUUUAUCAUACCUUCAGGCUUCUUUCUUUGCUACUAUUUUAGAAGAUGCACUGACGCAGAUGCGGAUUCUUGUUGAAUGCAAUAAUGAACUGCGAAUUAUUAAAACUAAGCUGGAUAUGAAAUUGCUCGUUCCCCUGAAGUAUGGAGUUGCUCAGCCCAAAUUGACUGAUGAACUGGAAUCUAUAGAUCCAAAUAACUUGGUUUGCAAUGAAUAUAAGUUGAAUAAAUUGGAUUCUGAUAGAAACUAUUUCGCAUCAGUGUUAAGAGAUACUUAUAAAGAUUUGACGCUACACAACCGGUAUGCUGUAUUACAAGAAUUCGUAAAUAAUUUAGUAGCGACUGAUGAUUACCGAGUCAAGGUGGCCGACGAUGAAGUUAAGAAUAAAAGCUUACGUCAUGACCUCAACAAACAAUUACGGCAGCAACGUAACCAUAUUAAGUCAGUAAUUUAUGAUACAGACGCUAUUAUCGAAAGGUUGAAGAAUUUCGUGGAAGAUGCAGCACUUCAUGCAGAAACUGAGAGUCGAUACACAGAUGGUUGGCAGCGGGCCCGUACGGAGCAACAUCUUCAAACAAUCAUAGACAAUGAAGAGAGUCCAUCCCGAACCAUAGAGUAUUAUAAGCAGAGGACAGACCAUGAACAACGAGUUCACACUGAAGUGGAACUUUUAAUUAAUAUUAUUAUAAACGAAACCUUACAAAAGGUAGAAGAUUGGAUGAAUAAAUAUGACAGAGAUAUGGAGCAUAUAGAUCUUAAAAUACAAUUGAAGAAAAACGAAUAUCAAAAUGAGUACGAUCGGCGCGUAGGACUCGAGGAAACGAUUGAGAGUCAUGACAAGCAAAUGAAGGAUUGGAACUACUUUAAAGAAGAGCGUGAGAAGGCUAGACUUUACCGAGAGAAGAUGACGAACUCUGCCAUCAUUGUCCAAGCGUGGUGGAGAGGGCUGCUCGUGCGUCGUGAACUGGGACCAUAUAAAGUAGCUAAGAAACCCAAAGGCCCCAAACCUAAAAAAUAACUUUGAUAUUUUGUAAUAUCAAAGUUAUUUUUAAAUGGAAUGUAAAUAGUAAUGGCAUAUUUCUUUCAAGUGGCACUAAAACUGUUUAUUCUUUAUUUUUACUAUUUUAAUAUUUAUUUUUUAAUAUUAUGCUCAAUAUGUAGAAGCCUUAGAAGUUUUUUUUAGAGUUUCCUUGAAAUAAAUAAUAGGUUAAUAUUGUUACUUCAUUGUACAGGUACUUAUUUAAGGUACCUAGAAAAGUUUAUAUUAUAUAAAU